CGAGCGCGCCGCUUUCCGUUGUUGCCACGGCAACUGGGCGGUGCGAGUGCCCGCGGGAAGGAGGCGCCCACAUUCCUCCCCGCGAGCCCAGGGGAUUGAGAAGUGGCCAUCCAUCCCUGAGCUCCCAGCCCCGGAGGCCUCGGGCCAUGGGCCGGAUCUCGGGGCUCGUGCCCUCUCGUUUCCUGACGCUCCUGGCGCACCUGGUGGUCGUCAUCACCUUAUUCUGGUCCCGGGACAGCAACAUCCAGGCCUGCCUGCCUCUCACGUUCACCCCCGAAGAGUACAGGGAGCAGGACAUGCAGCUGGUGGCAGCGCUCGCUGUCACCCUGGGCCUCUUCGCAGUGGAGCUGGCCGGUUUCUUCUCAGGAGUUUCCAUGUUCAACAAUACCCAGAGCCUCAUCUCCAUCGGGGCUCACUGUAGUGCAUCUGUGGCCCUCUCCUUCUUCAUAUUUGAGCGCUGGGAGUGCACCAUGUACUGGUACAUUUUCGUCUUCUGCAGUGCCCUCCCGGCUGUCACUGAAACAGCAUUAUUCAUCAGCGUCUUUGGGCUGAAAAAGAAACCGUUCUGAUUACCUUCAUGAGAGCAUGAAGAAAGGCUGGAGGAGCAUUCGCCGUUCCUGGAAGGAGGAACCCCGCCCC